AUGGUAGCCGUCGCACUCAUGGUUAUGUUUGAGGACCCCAGGGCACAAGAGGAGGAGGCUACAGCCGGGAAGCACGAAGCCCACCUCCCUACGGCAGCAUCAGACUGCAGCAGGAGGAGGCAGAUCGUCACCACAGACCAUGAGGAGCCCACUGAGCACAGGGUUCUUCUGUCUCAGGUUCAACAUGAGAGGGGUGCGGGGGGGGGUCUGGGGGGGGGGCGGUUGAAGGAGAGGGUGCGGGGGGGGGCUCUGGGGGGGGCGGUUGAAGCAGAGGGUGCGGGGGGGGCUCUGGGGGGGGCGGUUGAAGCAGAGGGUGCGGGGGGGCUCUGGGGGGGGGCGGUUGAAGCAGAGGGUGCGGGGGGGGCUCUGGGGGGGCGGUUGAAGGAGAGGGUGCGGGGGGGCUCUGGGGGGGGGCGGUUGAAGCAGUGGGUCAGAGGGUGCGGGGGGGGUCUGGGGGGGGGGGCGGUUGAAGGAGAGGGUGCGGGGGGGGGGCUCUGGGGGGGGCGGUUGAAGCAGAGGGUGCGGGGGGGGCUCUGGGGGGGGCGGUUGAAGCAGAGGGUGCGGGGGGGGUCUGGGGGGGCGGUUGAAGCAGAGGGUGCGGGGGGGGCUCUGGGGGGGGCGGUUGAAGCAGAGGGUGCGGGGGGGGCUCUGGGGGGGCGGUUGAAGGAGAGGGUGCGGGGGGGCUCUGGGGGGGGGCGGUUGAAGCAGUGGGUAGGGUGCGGGGGGGCUCUGGGGGGGGCGGUUGAAGCAGAGGGUGCGGGGGGGCUCUGGGGGGGGCGGUUGAAGCAGAGGGUGCGGGGGGGCUCUGGGGGGGGCGGUUGGGAAAGCGUUCUGCUCUUGAGCUCCGGUUCCAGUCUGGUGUUUGGUUUGGGAGAUGGGAUGAACUGCAUGAAUAAGGAGCACGGCUGCGCUCACAUCUGCAGAGAGGCUCCAGGGAAAGGGGGCGUGUCCUGCGAAUGCCGACCAGGAUUCGAGCUCAACAAGAACCAGAAGGACUGCACACUCACCUGUAACUAUGGUAACGGCGGCUGUCAGCACACCUGCGACGACACCGACACUGGACCUGUGUGUGGGUGUCACCAGAAGUAUGCUCUGCACUCAGACAGCCGGACCUGCAUCGGGAGGGGGGAGGGGGUGAGGAAGGGGGUGUGGGGGAUGCAGGGUGAGUAG